UGGUAACCAUCAUCUUCAUCAACUGUCCAGCAUACAUCUCCUAGAGUCUGUAGAACCCAAUUGUGAACCUAUACCAGACCGAUCGUCUCAGCACCGUCCAAAUAUCGCUAUGCCGCCGACCGUCGUGCUCAUCCGUCAUGCCCAGGCGCUGCACAAUGUUGAUGAGGACUGGAACAUUCAUGACCCUGAUCUGUCUUCUCUUGGGUUGGACCAGUGCCAGGAACUGAAGGAAAACCUCUCGCGUCGUUUCGCCGAUGAGAGUGAUGCCAUCAUCAUCGUCAGCCCCAUGAGGCGCACGAUCCAGACAGCCCUUCUCUCGUUGGACUGGCUGAUCAAGAAAGGGGUGCCGAUUCAAGCCGACGCUCGAUGGCAAGAAAACUCCGCGAAACCAUGCGACACAGGCAGCACUAUCGCGGAUUUGAAAGUCGAAUUUCCUAGUAUUGACUUUUCCACUGUAGACCCUAUCUACCCCAACAAAACAGCUCCUGCCGGCGCCCAAUAUGCUUUUAACAGGGAAGCCAUACUCGGCCGAGGUCAGUCAGGCCUGCAGAGCAUCUAUGAACGCAAGGAGAAGCUUGUCUUCGUCGUCUCUCACUCAGGGUUCCUCCGCGCCGGCGUGACGGGUUAUUGGUUCUUCAACGCCGACUAUAGAAUCUUCGAAUUUGAGAAGAGCGGGGCACCAGGGAGUCCUUUACAGCUCCUGCAAGCUGAGUCGACUCUAAGUGGUGGUCUUGGCAAGUCGAGGACGGAACCUGUAAUCAUCGGCUCUGAAUUGCCGCCAGCCUCGCAGACUCCCCCAUAAGCCUAGCACUUGAAGCACGAGAUGCCAUGUGUUGAUAGAUGGCCUCUG